ACACAAAAAAUCGAUAUGCUAUUUACAAAAACGAUUACAAAUUACUUGUACACUGAGCAUCCAGAUAAUGUGUUUGGAAUGGACAUUUUCAGCUUGGAUAUACAACGAAACCGCGAUCACGGUAUUCCGUCAUAUACGGAAUUUAGAAAAUAUUGUGGACUAAAACCUAUAAUAAAUGAACACGACUUUUCCCAGAUCAUGGUGGAAGGUGCAACUGAUAGAUUAUUAAAGCAAUACGAAAAUUGGAACGAAAUAGAGCUAUUGGUAGGCGCAUUGUUUGAGAAACAUGAAGAUGACGCAAUGGUUGGACCAACGAUGAGGUGUAUCAUAAGAGAACAGUUUAUAAGAACUAGAAUUGCAGAUAGAUAUUUUUACGAUUUACCAAAAGUAUUCAACGAAUAUCAACUGGCAGAAAUAAGAAAAGUAACGCUUGCCAGAGUCUUUUGUGAUAACAGUAAUAAUGUUGCAAUGAUGCAGAAACAAGUAUUUUUGAUACCUGAAACGGCUGAUUUGCAACAUUGUGAUUCCCAAUUAAUUCCAAAAAUCAACAUCAAACACUGGUCAGAAAUGGUCGAUUCCAUUCGAAAAUAACCUUAAACACAACAUUGAUGUUUUUAUUUGCAAUAAUAUGUUUUAUUGUUGAAUCUAAAGUAAUAGCUUACCUUUUAUGAGAAUCAAAAGUUUUUUAUAUUUAAUAAUAAAUAAUCAUUACUAUGCCA